AUGCGGUGGACAAGCGUUCUCGCCCUGCUGGGCAUGAGCGCCCUCACCUUAGCACAGGAUGGAACGUUCACCAACCCCGUCCUCUGGGAAGACCUGGCCGACAUCGACGUAAUCCGCGUCAACGACACAUUCUACUACUCCGCCUCGACGAUGCACUACUCCCCAGGAGCCCCCGUGCUACGGUCCUACAACCUCGCCGACUGGGAAUACAUCGGCCACUCCGUGCCCACACUAGACUGGGCCUCCGACUACUCACUCGAGAACGGCAAACGGGCAUACGUGCGUGGCAUCUGGGCCUCGACAAUCCAGUACCGACCCAGCACCCAGACCUUCUUCUGGCUCGGCUGCAUCGACUCCAGCACGACGUACAUCUACACCGCCGACACAGCGGAAGGACCGUGGAAGAAAUCCGGCACCAUCCCGACCUGCUACUACGAUGCCGGACUGCUCGUCGACACCGACGAUACCAUGUACGUCGCCUACGACAAGUACAAUAUCUCCGUCGCGCAGCUCUCCGAGGACGGACUCAGCCAAGUCAAGAGCGAGGUCGUGUACCGCGCGCCCGCUGACAUCGGAUACCUCGAAGGUGCGCGAUUCUACAACAUCAACGGCAACCAUUACAUCUGGCUCACGCGUCCCGCAAGCGACCAGUUUGUGCUGAAAUCUAUAUCUGGGCCCUUUGGUCCAUACGAGCUGCGCGAGGUCGUUAUCGGAGUCGACGCCCCCGUCGCGGGAGGAGGGAGUCCACACCAAGGCGCCCUGGUCGACACCCCCUCAGGAGACUGGUACUACAUGGCCUUUAUUGACGCGUAUCCUGGUGGUCGCAUUCCGGUACUCGCGCCGGUGGAAUGGGACGAAGACGGCUGGCCGAGUGUGACACUAGACAACGGCGCCUGGGGCUCUUCAUAUCCAUUGCCUUUCGUAUCAACCGACAAAACGAUCACCCCGAUCCCAACUUCUUACACAUUCGAAGAGUCAACUCUCAGCGCAGAAUGGGAAUGGAACCACAAUCCGGACAACGAGAAAUGGUCUCUCUCUGGCGGCCUGAUUCUGAAAACAGCAACCAUGACAGACGAUCUCUACUCCGCACGAAACACCCUCACACGACGGAUUCCCGGCCCGAAGUCCAGCGCCACGAUCCAUCUCGAUAUCUCGAAGAUGAGCGACGGCGAUCGUGCCGGACUGUCGCUGUUCCGGGACACGUCCGCGUGGAUCGGGAUUCGGCGCGACGAGGGAGGGUCUCGAGUGAGCAUGACGAGUGGAUUGUCGAUGGAUUCGAACUGGAACACGAAAUCGAAAGGCAGCGAGGAGGCGGGCGCUGGCUUCUCCGGGGAGGGGAUUUGGUUGCGCGCGACGAUCGAUAUCACCCCUGGGACUGAGCGGAAGGGGUCGUUUGCGUACAGCACAGACGGAUCGUCGUUCACUGAAUUGGGCGGCGAGUUGACGUUGAAUAGCGACUGGCCGUUCUUUUUGGGAUAUCGGUAUGGAAUUUUCAACUAUGCGACGGAGGAGCUUGGGGGGCAGGUUACGGUGAAGAAAUUUGAGUUGGGGUCUGAGUGA